GAGCGCGAACGGUUAAGGACGGCUACAAGAAAAUGGCGAAUAUGAAAGAGUUUAGGUACGCGGAUAAUGUUAAUGCUAUAUGGAAGCUUUAAGCAGUCUAAAACAUUUUCUACCGUGGGUGCCAAGUUAUUUCAAACUUCGGCGAGCGCUAAGCCUACGUCACACUAGCUGAAGCGAGCUAAUUUGUAAUUACGUUAACUUGAGUCUUUGUAGCUACGAUAGCUAGCUAGCGGGACAGCGUAGGAAUAUGAAGUGUCCUAAUGUUGGCAGCUGUAAAUGGCGUCCCUGCGCCCAUACAUAAUGAACAACCCGUUGGACCAAAUUUGUUAAACUAGUGAAAGUGGACUUGAUUACAUCACACCAAGGCUGACCUGUUUUCAUGGCUUAUCGUUGAGUUUAAGGCUCUGGAGCCACUCACUGUUUUUGAGGACGCUGCAGUUUACGGUAUGGCUUUACACAACUUGGUUUUUGUUAUCGAUGUGGAUUAUGGAGAUCACAAUUCAGGCGAUCAACUGGAUGUCAGGAAUCAUCUUGUGAAACGCGGAAUAUUACAAAUUCUGCUGCGUUUCAGCUGCAAGUAUGGAUUUGACAAAGUGCGCUGGGGUUAUAAAUUCUUUGAAUCAAAGACCGGCCGUAAUGCCAGCCUCAUAUCAAGGGGAUCAGACUUCAAGGAGCUUCGCCACAAAACUUUUGAGGACUUCGAAAUAGAGUUCGAAGCCAAGUUUGACGUGAAGGAUAAACCGUGGCCUUCUCAGCAUAAGCAGCAAUCUAAUCAAUCUGCUUCAGUUCAAAACGCACUCAAAGAAACCCUGCUGGACUUCCAAUGGGACAGACCAGACAUCACCUCUCCCACCAAACUGUCCCUGAGGCCCAGGAAGUCGAGCCGAGCUGGAAAGCCCAGUGUUUCACAGGAGGAUGAUAUUUCAAGCAACGGGAGGAAUGUGAUGUUUAUUGUCUCGAGGUGUCCACGAUCCAAGACACAACUUGGGGACUAUUUUUCUUUGGGAAACCAUGACCUGACUACAGAUGUGACGGAGCACAUUAUAUCCAGGGGCCUUCACGACAUGCUGGUUCAGCGACAGGUUGCGCUGCACUGGAUUGACAGUAGAUCACAUGUCCAGGUCAUGAGGUGUGAGGAUCACCUCGGCUUUGACAAGCUAUCUGAGGUCUUAGCGCAGGUGGGUGGCAGAGUGAUCCCUGUGGUUGCACUGCUGAACCUCUGCUGCUCUCAAAAGUCAGACUCAGGCUUUAAGAGAGAGGCCUUUGCAUUCAAAUCCAGCAUUGGAUACCUGCUGUCUUCUGAAAGGCUCUACCGCCUGGCUUUUCCUGUCAUAGGUGGUGUUCUGCAGUGGGAGCAAGGUGAUGUGACACAGAGCUGUGGCAUCAUGGUUGAGCCUGUGUCUCGCAGACAGCGGCUUCUCCCGGAGCCGGUGGAAGUGUGUCUGAAAGGAGUGCUGCAGGGUUGGGAUGCCUCUUCACUGACACAGAUCUCCACAGAGUCAUGGGUGCUUCAGUGCUCCAGCAGCAGUGACCAAGAAGCGGCUGCCUUCCAGGAUCUCCUGAUGGAACUGUCUGCUCAUGCUCUGCACAUGCUUUCUGAGGUGAAUGACAGUGGACUGGUGUGCUCAGCUGUCCUCUCACCCUUGUCACACACUACAGCUCUGCUCACCAUUCUCCAGUCUGGAAUCACUCAGCACGACCAGUUCCUGACUACUGGAAUCAUUGCCCCCGCCACAGCAGAAAGCUCAGCUGAACUGCCAGAUGUUGUGAACAGUGUUCUGGGAGUAGUGUAUGACAUCAUGGAGGAGGAUGGUGACAGUAUCGAUGAUCAGCCAAAGAAUCAUCCGGUUCCUGAGUGGGCUCAGCAGGAAGUCAGCCAUUGCCCGCUGACAACAGGCGUGUUGGAGAGUUGGUUCCCUCAGUCAGACCAGUCGGGACUGAGUCCCCAUUUAAUGGAGUCAAUGAGGUUGCUGCAUGCAGUGCCAGAGCAGAGAGAAGAGGAGGAGUUGUCUGUCCUACAGCAGGAGCUGAUCAGUGGUCUGGCUGAAUUGUAUCAAACAUCCCGGGGCGCAGAUGCCAAGAGGGGCAAGAAACGUGGCGCCCAGCGAACACCAGUGAAACAGAAGAUGAAGACCAUGAGCCGCUCCCUGCAGAUGCUGAAUGUGGCGCGGUUGAAUGUCAAAGCCCAAAAGAACCAGGCUGAGGCUGAACAGCUGGGGGCCGAGAGUAAGGGCCCAGACAGACAGGGGAAGAGACGGUCAAGUGACAGGAACAAAUCUGAAGGAGCGAACACCAUUAGUUUCACUAGUGAGGAAGAGAUGCUGUCCCAUCUGAAGUCCGGGUAUGAGAAGACCAUGGUAGAGAGAGACUCGUCCCUCCUCACUGGUGUCCAGCAGCUCCUGUCUGCUGUGAAAACCUUCCUUGUGGCAGAAUCUGACGUGGAGGUAAAGACCUCCCUGUUUGUCCAGCAACACCUCCUCAAGACCAGCAAAUCAAUCAGACAGCUCUAUGGCAUGGCUGCUGAUGUUGAUGGCAAAGUCAGAGAGUGCCAGCUUCAGGCGUUGCUGAGGCUGGAGUUGUGCAGACUUUUCUCCUCGAAGCAGUCUGACUCACUGGAUGUUGAUCAGAUGGCAGAGGAGGUGGCUGAAAUGCUCAGGAUAAUCUCCCUAACAAAAGACCCAGUUUGCCUUGCAAAGUUCCUUCAAGAUGAGAUCCUUCCACGGUUCCUGACUGCUGUCCCCAGAGUGCUUGCAGACAUCUACCACAGUCUGGGCACCCAGCUCCCUGAGGCUUUGGUGGCUGUUCUACCUGCUGACUUCUUCAGCGACGAGUCAGUUGCGAAGGACAGCGUUUCUCCUUCAGCCUCCUCACCUCCCCUCUCCACACACAGCCAGGUUUCGGAUGGCAGAGAUCGCCUGCAGGAACUGCGAAUUCGCUCAGCCAACAAGAGGAGGAGUGGGAUGCUGACUCGUCAUCGCAGUAUGACUGAAUCAUCACAGAGUCUUCGCCAAAUAGAGAUGCCCAAAAAGACAAGAGCUUCCAAAUCAAAGGUCUGUGUUGCUUUGGAGAAACCUGCUUCAGAACGACAACCUCAGAAACAAGAAACACAAGAGGUGACAAAGGUGAGAAGAAACCUGUUCAACCAAGAGAUUGUUUCCCCCUCAAAGAAAGCCAAGCUGCCAAGGAGCCAGUCUGUGUCCGCUGUGGAAGGAUUGAAACGCAAGCGAUCUCAUGAAUCUGAAGAGAGGCACAAACUUCUAACAAAGAAAGUGUGUGAAACACCCCUCCACAAGCAAGUGUCCAAUCGCCUCCUAUACCGGCAGAAAAUGGGAAGGAGAUCUGUCCCAACUGAGGAGUGUAUUGUGGAAGAGUCACCAGUAAAACCUGGAGAAGACCUAAGAAGGAGUCCAAGGAUAAAGACGCUUGCUAGAAGACACUCAAACACAUUCUACUCAAGUUCUCAACUACGCUCCCGCAACCUGGACAGGGCUCUCUCUGCAUCCCAGCUUACUCUCAGUGAUGGGAAAAUCAGUGGGGUUAACGUAAAAACAGUUCGGUCUCCCAUGCAUCUUCUUUUUGGGGCUGCUGAUUCCCCCAGUCGUCCUUCUGACCAGUCUUGUGCAACCAGGGCCACCAGGUCACAACUGUCCACAGACUCUAGUGUCUUUGAGAGUCCAAAUAAAACGCCAACAAAGUCACCAGGCAAACAUGGGAGGGCCAUCCAUGGGAUCAGGACACCCAAGACCCCAGGGAGCCCCAAAACCCCACCUCCAUCCAGGAUGAAUGUUUUCUCAGCUGCAGAGAGCCCUGUAGCAGGCAGCUCUCGUGAGCUUGGUAUGACUUUGAGAGGCAGUCCUUUCAGAUCUCCAGCCAGAAAGACUCUUGUGGUAGAGACACCUACUAAGCAAAGCCCUGUGAGGAGCCCACUGAAGGGUAUUCUCAGGACUCCAGUUAAGGCCUUGGUCGAAUGCCUCUCCUCUUCUGGAUUACAUCUGCUCAAUAGCCCAAUUUCCAGGACUCCCAAGAAGAGUGUCACAUGGUCUCCAUCCCCACAAAAAUAUAGAGUGGCAGAGAACAGCAUUACUUUCAAAGUGCCAGAGUCGCCUCGUAUUGCAUCCCGCACUUCUCCGAGACUGGUGAACACACCCAACACCUUCAGCAGUCCUGUCAAAAGCACAAACACUAAAAGAGACAUUUUCAAAACCCCAGAAAAGACUUGCCAAGUAAGCCCAGUAAGGGGUUCUGAUAAUGCAAAUAACGUUAUUUUGAAACAGGAAAAAAAUCAGAAGUCCUCUGAAAAACUUCACAACAGGAUGAAAACACCUGAAAAAAGUGACACUGUUAGUCUACUGGAAAUGCCUCCUCCACAAUCCACACCACCUCUAGACCACCACGUCUCACCUAAACCCAACUCUAGAACUCAAACCAAGACCCCCAGUCCUACUCACCAAAUGAUUACUCGUUCUGGACAAACUCCAGGCAAAAGUUCAAACAUUCUAUCCCCAUGUAAGCCAGUAUUUACACCAGUAGGAGGUACUACUGUUUCAGAAGGAUCAGAUACUUCUGUAAAGUCUCCAGCAAAGUCCCUGACAAGAACGAGGUCUGGUCAAGGUGCUAGAACCACCAGACAUAACUUAAGAUCCCAGUCUAGUGAGAAUGUUCCCUUCAAACUAAACACCGAAUCUGCUGAGAACUGUGACCUUGUGGAAAUAAACAUGCAGUCAGAUACAAAAGAAGAGGUACAGGCUGAACCUUCCCAAACCUCUGAAACUGACUCUAGUUCCCAUACAGAUUCACAGCAGUUUGACACAUCACAUUUUAACUCUGCAUCCACAGAAGAUGAUAGUAUGGACAUUGUAGAUGCGGCAGUUGUAAAGACCCAGUUUAGUGGUGGUCUCAAGAUAAACAUUAGCUUUUCACGGAAGCCUUCAAAGUCCAGUGAAGACUUUAUGUCCAGCGCAGUCUCUUCUAAACCAUGUGUGCCACCCCAAGGCACACCUGGUAGGAGCUACGGUUUCCGGCAGACACCUGACCGCCAACAGAGGGAGGCUGCUGCUCGUUUGGGGUACGGAAAUGAUUCCCCUCGAUUCUCAACCCCUAGAGGCCCAGCAAGACCUAGUCGACAAAAGGGCACGGGUACUCCAAACCCUCUGACUUACCAAGUAGAAAUGGAAAUGCAAACAUCAGGACUUCCCAAGCUCAAAAUCAAACGCACAGAUUCCAUGACUGUAGGCGAUUUGACCUCAGGAGCUCAGAGCCCUUUAGUUGGUGUGAAACCUUCUCAGCUGGAAGGCCCCUUGACUUUGUUCUCUAAGCACAGAGAUCCUGGAUGUGUCUCACCAUCUAUCUGUACUCAUGUCACCCCGGCUAAGAGCACGCCUGGAAAAGGUGGGAGCGUCCAAACUUACAUCUGCCAGUCCUACACCCCUACACACCAUCCUGUGGGAACAAUGUCUCCAGUGGCAACUGCAGAGAUCAUUCCCCUGACUCCUUCGCCUCAGAGUGUAGGGAAGGUGACCCCAGACAACCUCAACAACUGGCCUCGCAGGAAGAGAGCUCAGAUUGGAGUGGUUGGAGGCAAGGAUCGUGGCCUGAAGGGGGAGCCUUUGCUGGUGGAGUUGCUGGAGGAAGCUGAGCUUGGAGUUAGCAGGUUGCAGGACACUGACGACACUGAUGAGCCCUCAAACGACAAAGCUGCAAAAUUGACUUUGACUUCUAAACAGUCACCCUCAGUUCGAGCAGAUGCAUCGCCUCUUUCUCCAAUGGAAGACUUGUACUGGAUGGACAAGCUGGCUCACCAGGCUGACUGUGCUGAUCGUCAUAGAGCAGAAGAAGAAAUCAUCUGUGCCGCUGGAAAUGGAGAUGUCAAGUCAUUAGCGACUCCUCCCAGCUCAAAGGUGAGGAAGCCAGUGACAGCGAGUGGGAUUCUGGCCCUCACUCACUCUCCAUUGUUGUUCAAGGGCAAAACAGGCUCUGCUAGUAAGAGAAUGCCAAAUUUUAAAGAUGAGGCUGCAUCAGGGAGGAGGAUAGAAGUCGAUGGAGUGGACCUCUCUCCCUUCAGCCAGCCGAUCACACGCUCAAACACGGGGAAGACCUACAGCAGGAAGAGACUACUUCACUGAACCACAAAACCGUCGGGCAAGCAAAGCAAAAAGAUGGUCCGUUCUGUGUUUUACUGUGAAGCUGUGAGCCUUUUAGCCAUAUUUUGUCAGGAGUGCUUUUGAUGGCAGAUCUGAAAGAUGUCUUUCAAGCACCACUUGAAAGGCUUUGCAGAUGAAUGAAUGUCCCUUUCAGUCGCCUCCACCAACACUUUUGACCCUCACAUUUUCUGUUCUAACUAGUGGCUUUUGUUUUAAUCAGGACAUUUUAAGAUUUAAGAUUAUCAGUAGGUUUAGCAAGGAGUUGAAAAGGUAUGCAGUUCUACCGAGAUAUUUAAAAUUGCCCUUACUGUUCGUAUUAAUGAUUUUAUCAUUCAAAGUGUGCCAUGUUUCCUGCAUGGGUCUUUCUGAAGCUAAAAUUUUGAACAUGGUGAUUUUUUUUUUUAUGUCAUCAUUGUUUUUCAAAAUUGUAAUUAGCCAUUUUACAAUCAGGUCUACAUUUGUCAAUAUAAAUACUAUUCAUGUUUAUUUAUUAGUUUGUUCUUGUCAUAAACUUGCUUUUAAGUAAAAAGGAAGCCCUAAUGAUUGAGUCAUAUUGUAAAUAUCUUAUGUUGCCAAAGUUUUAUGUAAAUAAAUAUCAGUUUUCUGAAUUAAGUUAUUGAAAAUGGUUGUUAUUUUUUUUUUUUUUAAUCCUGUACUCGCUCUGCUUUGUCAAGUUUCAAGUAAUUCAAGUUUAUCAGCUGCCAGUAAAUAAAAGCAAACCUGAUA